UUCCUAAAAUGCUUAUUACGUGAUGUAUUCCGUAAUGUACAAAAGCGUCAUUUAAAGUAUAUAAUCUCAAAAUAAAACUAUUAAAAACGUAAAUAUAACAUAAAUUGUGUUAUUGCAUGAUUAUUAACUAUUGGCAAUUAUUCAAUGAAUUUAUAUGUCUAUGUAUUAGUAAUAAGUAUUAGAUAUGUAUAAUCGUAUAAGAUAAAAUCAUAUGGUUUAAGCACAUUAGUCUAUAAAAUCUACAUAUAUAAAAUGUCACGUUUGUGUAAUUUACAAUUUUAUUCGAUUAUAAAAGAGGCUAAAUAUUCAACGAUUUUAAUAAGCAAUAAAAAUAUAAAAAUAACAGAUAAAAUAAAAGCUGUACUGUAUCAAAAUAGUAGAGGUUAUGCCCAAUUUCAUUGGAAAUUUGAAAAAUAUAUUUAUCCAUUAUAUAGAUUUUUGGAUAUGCUUAAGUCCAAGGAAAUUCAUCCUUUAUUAACAAGAAUAAAAAUAUUAUCGAAUAAAUAUAAUAUUAAUUAUGAAAAAAGUAGUAAAAAAUUGGGAUUUCUAUUAAGUGGUAUUGGCAUAACUAUAACUCUUUGCGAAGCAAAAAAUUAUAGAGAUAAACAGUUUUUUCGGGCUGUAAAAUAUGGCAACAUUCCAGAAUUAAAAAGUAUUAUAAAAGAAGGCAUUGAUAUAAAUACACGUCAUUUAUUGGGUUGGACAGCACUACAUCUUGCUGCUAUUAAUUCACAACCAGAAGUUGUUAAACUUUUAUUAAAGUAUGGUGCUGAUGUUAAUGCUCAAGAUGAAUUUAUUAAUGUCUAUGGAAGUGCUAUAGAAAAAGGAUUACAUACUUUGGAUGUGCUUAUGAUAAGAGAGGAAGAAUUUUGUGAUCAUUUGAAUAGUAGAGCUACAUUUAAAGGUUUUACUCCAUUACAUUAUGCUGUAUUAGCAGAUUCUAAGGCUUGUGUACAAGCUUUAUUAGAAGCAGGAGCUGAUCCAACAAUGAAAAAUGAAUCAGGACAUCGAGCAGUAGAAUAUGCUAAAGAUGGAGAACUCAAAGAAAUGCUUAUAAAACGUGCUAUAAAAUAUGAUGAAAUAAUGAAGGAAAAAGAAAUAGAAGAACGUCGUAGGUUUCCAUUAGAGCAACGUUUAAAACAAUACAUUGUUGGACAAGCUGGAGCAAUAUCUAUUGUUGCAUCUACUAUUAGAAGAAAAGAAAAUGGAUGGAUAGAUGAAAAACAUCCUCUAGUAUUUCUUUUUUUGGGUUCAUCAGGAAUUGGAAAAACUGAACUGGCUAAACAAUUGGCUGCAUACAUUCAUAAAAAUAAGCAGGAAGGAUUUAUUCGAUUGGAUAUGUCUGAAUAUCAAGAAAAACAUGAAGUUGCUAAAUUGAUUGGUGCACCACCAGGGUAUGUAGGCCAUGAUGAUGGUGGACAAUUAACAAAACUUUUAAGAAAAUGUCCAAAUGCUGUUGUAUUAUUUGAUGAAGUUGAUAAAGCUCAUCCUGAUGUACUUACUGUCUUAUUACAAUUGUUUGAUGAAGGAAGACUUACUGAUGGUAAAGGUAAAACCAUUGAGUGUAAAAAUGCAAUUUUUGUAAUGACAUCUAAUUUAGCAAGCGAAGUAAUUGCUGAUCAUGCAGUACAACUUAGAGAAGAAGCUCAACGUGUUGAGAAAAAACAGGAUAUAAAUUGUGAUGUAGAAGAGGAUUCUGAACAAAUUGAAAUAUCUCGUAAAUUUAAGGAUGAAGUGGUAAGACCAAUAUUGAAAGCACAUUUUGGUAGAGAUGAAUUUUUAGGCAGAAUAAAUGAGAUUGUAUAUUUUUUACCAUUUUCUCAAUCUGAACUUAUAAAAUUAGUUGCUAAAGAAUUGGAAGCUUGGGCAGAUCGUGCAAAAAAAAGACAUAAAAUAGAAUUGAAAUGGAAUAGAGAAGUUUUGUCAUUAUUGGCUGAAGGAUACGAUACUCAUUAUGGAGCACGUUCUAUUAAAUAUGAAGUAGAAAGACGUGUUGUUAAUCAAUUAGCUGCGGCACAUGAACGAGGCCAACUUGAAAUAGGAUGUUGUGUAUUGGUGAAAGUCAAAUGGUAUAAAAAUGGUGCAAGUAUUGCGUUAUCAAUACGACGCAAAGGUGCAAAAGAUUUUGUUGAUCUUUCAACAGAUAAUUUAACAAAAAAUCUGAAUUCUGCAUUUUAAUAUUAUUUUGAAUGGACCUAUAAUUUCAUCAAAUGCAGAAAAUAUAUAUUAUAGUUUGAUCUCAUGGUACAUAUAAAUAAAAAAUUUGAAAUGUUUUAUAUUAUUUAUUGUAGAAAAGAAAUAAUAUUUGUAAUAGUAAUAUAUAUUUAAUAAUAUGGAAUAAUUUGAAAUUCGUGACAAAACAAAAUGUAAAUAAAAACCAUAAGAUGUAUACUAUUCUUACAAAUGUUUAAAAUUUCUUUUAAAUUACAUUCUACUUUUUUUUUGUAUACAUAAACAAUAUGAAAUAUAUAAUCUGACAGAAAUAAGUAAUUCUUUAUUUUAAAUCGAAUUAUGAGGAUACAUUACAAGAAAAUAUUGAUUACACUUCACAUUUAAGAUACAUUUUACAUUCUUUAAUAAGACAAGAGAUAUUCUCAAAAUAUUCAGAAAACCAGUUGUGGAAACUAUUUCUCUGCCUUGCUUAUCAAUCGUCUCAUAAUAUCUUAAAUUUCAUUUCAUUUUUCAAUUAUGUAUUUGUACAAUUAUCAUAGUUUCACUGCUAUCAUUAUAAAUAGAUCAAUCAUUAGGGAUAGAUAGAGCAUUUCCAUUUAGUUUAAUCAUAUUAUGCAAGGCAAAUUCAGGUCCAACAACAGGGUGUCUAUUUAUGUAAAAAGUAGCUGAAUUAAUUAAUGUAUAUAUGAGAUCAUUUUUGAAAUUGGCGCAUGAAAAUUUAUGGUAGAAAUACGAUACAAAUAUGGUGUUUACAGAAUGUUGUUCAUUAUUUAUAGUGAAUGCAGAAACACGAAAUUUAUAUAGUCAUUACGUAUCGUUACAACUAUUACAAGUACGUUGGAAUGUUAAAAGCGUGUACUGUAUUAGACACCCAAAAUGAUUGUUUUAAGACGAUGGUAUACAUAU